AUGGCAAAGGGAAUCAUAAAGAAGGAAUCCUUAAAUGUAGAAGAAAGACUAAAAGCUGAAGGAACAGUCAUAGGACUCAUUGACUCAGACUCAGUCAUAAGAGUCAUUCAUAUAGGGGGCUAUUCAUACUCUAUGACUAUACUAAUAGCAUCUUUAGUCUUUCAGAAUGAGCAAGAAUCUCAGAAUAAGAGAAAUAGCAAAGAACUCAUCCAACGCUAUGAUGCUAAAAUUAUGCAUGAAAAACAACAUAUUCUGGCCUUAAAAAAGGAUAUAAGCUUAAGUGAUAAAAUUAUUUUGGAUUUACAAAAAUAUAAUAGAAACAGUGAUAGCCUUGUCACGUGCAUAUCAAUGUCUGCAGCAUUAGAAAGAGAAGAAGAAUUACUUCAAAUCCAGUUGGAAAAUGCAAUAAAUACAUCUGAAAGUGAUAAAAAAACCUACCAAGAUUCCAUAAAGCAAUGUAAUGAGAGACUAAAGCAACAUGAAGAAAAAUAUAUGGAGUUCACAUGUGCUAAGAAAUACCAUAUGAUAAAAGAGGAGUAUGACAAUUUUUUGAACCUGAUCCUUAAAUAUGACGAACAGCAGAAGAGGAAGGACAAGAUAAUUCUUGAUAUUUUGGAGCCUGCAUCGUUUGCAUCCUAUAUUGACUGGAGUUUAAGGCUUGCAACUCUAAGAAAAAACACAGAGAAAACCAUUCAUCAUAUUUCUCAAAAGUCACAUACAACAUCUGAAAUGGUGCAGAAAAUCAAGGAACUUGAACGGAAGAUAAAGUAUAUUGAAGAGGUAACCAUCUGGCUUAACUUAUUUGUUCUUAAAAACCAAACAAAAAGAAACGACACACGAUUAACCACAGAACUGCAUACCAAAGAAAUAUCUGAAAAAGAAAAUGAUAUAGGAAGAAAAGAAAGCAACAAAGAUCUCACAACUGAAUUUCAACAAGCCAACCUGAAUGAAGAAGCAAGACUGAAGCAAUCAAAAGAAAAUAAAUCACACUUGUUACACCUCCCAGACUUGCUUCAAAAGUUUAUGCAACCACCUAGAGAGAAUAGGGUAUCCCUGCACAUCAGUGAAACAGAAACGAACAACAUUGGAAAUGUUGAUGACCCCCAAAAUAGCAACAGCAUUGUUUCAAACCAAGACCUGCGUGUGGAGAAUGAAAUUCAGGAGCCAGUCAUUAAUAACGGAAGUGAAGGCUUUACUCCACCAACAACAAAUUUGCAACAUCAAAGUCAGCUAAGGGAGAUAUCCAUUGCCAGAACUGAUGUCACCAGAGACAAAACUGUUCCCAUAGAAAACUAUUCUAUCAGACUAGACAUCAGUUUUCUUCUGGCUCUUUUGUAUUACGACACAGGAAAAAAGGCCAAAGGGUCAGACAUAUAUGAACCAGCCGUAUUACAACAUAUAUUCUGUCUGUGUGAGAUGAGUCAGUGCUCAGAUAGAAAUGCUAUUAUUUUACAGGCCAGGACCGAUUCAAAAGCAAAUCCAUUCAAAGAACAUUGGCUGUCAAAGAAACAGACGAAAUCAGAAGACAACAGUUCACUGAAGUCCCAGAUACAUCAAGAGAUUCAGGGAAACUCUGUAAGUUACGAAGACAUGGAAAGUAAAGCUGACGGAGAAACAUCACCAAAUGAAGUAUUUGCUUUGCCGAGGAUUCCUUCACCAUUCACCGUACCGGACCCUCCGCCUAUUUCAACACAUACAUCCAUUAGGAAAGGUCAACGUAACAAAGGAAAGAAAAGCCAGAACAUCACCAAAUAUUCAAUAGAUUUAUUCUCCAGAUCCACAGAACAGACGGAAGCAUCUCCUUGUUUAAGUCUUUUUAAGACGUCCACACCUAAAACCCCUAAUCUUUGCAGUUUUGAGUCGUUUUCGACAGUAGUAUUUGCAGAUCAGCAAGACAGCUUUACUGCAGCAGAUAUCAAUCCAGCAUCACCUGCAAAAGACAUUGGAAAUCUGUUCCAAAAAAUGGAAGGAGAUGAUGAUUUUCCGUUUUUAUUUACUUCAAAAUCUUCACAAGCCUCAGACGAUGACAAAGAUGACUUCGGCUUCAUGUUACCAUUUGGACAGGAUUCAAAAAGUCCCAUGGAGUUGGAAUCUGCUCAAAACAAAACUAAAUUUACUUUCUUCUAG